AUGACGGGCUGUUUUUUUUGGUUUGUUUCUUUGGUUGGUGGUGGUGGUUGGUCAUUGCACGAAAAGGCACAGUCAUUAGGCAAGUCACGAAUGUCCUUUUUUUUGUUCGGUUUUUGGUGUGUUUGCGAAAAAAAAAGGCUUUCAGGAGCCGACAGGUCUAGUAAGGCGCCACAGGCCCGUCCCUCGUGCGGACCUGGGGCCUGA